AUGACGUUCCAUUACUUAAGUAGCAGCUAUUCCAGUUCUACUUUCUGUUUUUUUUUUUUUUUUUUUGUGCAGUUGGAAGAACACGACAAAGCUUUACGGAUCCUUGUGUACAAGCUACAGGAUUAUGGGGCUGCAGAAAACUACUGUCAUGUUAACUCAUCUGGGCAUGAUAAGAAGUACAGAAGAAGGCUUUUCCAGAUUCUUCUAGGUGUCUACUUGGACCCCUUAGAAGGGAAGCAAGAUUCAUUGGUUGCACCAGCCAUCAACCUUCUUAACAGUGACCUUGCUGACUUUGAUGAAGUUCGGGUUCUUCAGAUUAUUCCAGACAGCUGGUCAGUCGGUCUGGUAUCCAAGUUCCUCACUCACACGUUGCGUCACAAUAUGCAUUCAUGUAGGACGACCAAAAUACAACGAAUGCUCGCCCGAGGCGAAAACUUAAAUCUGAAAUCUGUAUUAUGUGCAGAGAAUAAACAUCCAAUUUUUGUUGCAGAAGAUCGAAUUUGUAAAGUAUGCAAUCAACCUUUCACGGAUGCCACAUUCGUACGGUACCCAAAUGGCACCAUAACUCACGUAACAUGUGCAAGAAACAGAUCCGUUUGUCCAGUAACAGGCAAACUUUUUAGUACUAAAAAGUCCUAUUAAUGAAACUUGGUAUAAAAUUAUUAUCUAUGUUUGUGAAGAUGUGAAGAUUAAUUUUUUUUCAUGGGGUGGGAUAGAGACCAUUUAAUCAAUUUUAUUGCAGCCAGCUGUUAAUUUGCUACCAAAUAGCAGCAUAACUCAUGCAAGAAACAGAUCGGUUUGUCCAGUCACUCUGGCAGACAUUUCAGUACUAAAAAAUCCUAUUAAUGAAAGUUAUAUAUAAAUCUUACCUAUGUUUAUAAAGAUGUGAAGAUUAAAUUUUUUCAUGGUAGAGUGGUGGGAUAGGGACCCAUUUGAUUAACUCUAUUUUAACCCUUUCCAGUCGUAUGGCGUGGUGACGACGCCCUCUUUAACCCUACUUUAUAGCGAGGGGUGUCGUAGGUACGCCCUGCAUACAUUUCUUAAUUAUUUGUUUUCUAGCUAUGCUGCCACUAUAUAAUUGUUUGAGAGUGACGUAGGAGUAUUUAUGAAGUGUUCCCUGUAUUCAGACCAAAUAAAAUGGCUGCGCCCAGUGAAAACCCGACAUUUAGUGUAGAUAAUGUAAAUUUUCAGCUUUGGGUGCAGCUUCUGGUAAAGGUAAUGGGGCAGACUGGAAAGACAGAUAUUCAUUCCCUACCACCAGUUCUUCAGUAGUACAUCAUUCCUUCUAUGUUUAACGUCAGGCUACGGAGGAAAAUUUGUUUUUGAUAUGUUGCAGAACUAAUUUUUCUAAGACACAAAAAGCAUAUUUGAAGGAAAACUUGGAAGCGGUUAAUGGGAUACAGAUAUUUGAAUAUUUAAAAACUGGAGGUAAAAAGAGUGCCUGGCUGUAAAGAUGAUACUGUCUGCAUUGAGCUACAGUAAUGUACUGCAAUAAUAAUAUUAUUUCAAAUAAUGUACUUAAUUUGUACAUUUUUAGUAAACUAAUGGUGAAGCAAGAAUUCUUACAGAUGAUGGAGUAUUCCUCUGUUUUGUAGAACCCCCACUAAUAAAAGUAUGACAUAUAUUAAAGAUUUUAAUAAUUCUUAAAAAUAUUAUAAAUGUAUUUUAUUGUUUGUCAUAAUAUUUGGAUCUAAUUGUCUAGAAGGGCAUUUAUUGUUCUUAUCUUUUAAUUUUCCUGUAUCUAUAUGUUGAAUAUUUUUUAAUUAAAUAUAAUAUACAGGUAUAUUCAUUAUAUAUUUGUCAUUAACUAUACCAAUACCCUACAUACUAAAGAAUAUUGAAUUUUUUUUUAUGAAGGCAUAUUUUAUCGAAUUAGGUUGAAAUAUUCUAGCUCUUUGCCCUAUAAAUAAAAUUCAAUGUUGGAUCCAGGAAUUUUAAAUACAGGGGACCAUGUAGAGACUUUCACAGAUAGUGGUCUAGACCACCUCAACCCCCAUCAUGUUUACGGCUGAGGUAAGAAAAUUUAUAAUUGUGGCACCUUUAGGUUGCCAGAAAUGACACUCUCUUGAAUAUAAUUUUAUUUAUUUUUUUUCAUUUUUCCAUUUAAAUUUUUAAAAAUUUAAUGGGCCCAGGGCAACUGGACUAGUCCCCCCCCCCCUACCCACCACUUGAAUCUGCCACUGGAAUUCUUAAAAUAUAUCUUCCAGACAUUUGGAAGGUUGUAAUAUAACAAAUAGAUAUAAAGUGAAUAAAUUACUACACAGAAUAUUAGUACAGUA